AUGCCCACUGUGCCAGCCUCCAGGUGCCAACACCGUCCCCAGGGCACACAACCGACGACAUGGCUCUGCCUCUUGCUGCUCCUCCUGACUGCCUGUGUGCCCACCGCUGGCACCAACCCUGGCAUCAAGGCCUGGCUGACCCGCAGGGCACUGGAAUUCGGUCGGCGUUUCGGGCUGGAGCUGGUGCAGUCGCUGCUGCAGAAGGAGCAUGAGCUGAACCUGACCGGCUCCCACCGCCUCCCGCUGCUGGGGACGCUCUCCUAUGAUGUGCCCCGGAUCCACAUCCAGGAGCUGCAGCUGAACGACUCCACCUUGGACUUCGUCGAGGACGUGGGGGUGAAGCUGGAGGUGCAGCACGGCCGCGUCCGCCUCAGCGCCGACUGGGGAGCCCGGCUGGGUGCCAUCCAGGACAAGGGCUCCGUGGAGCUGCUCGUUAGUGACCUGGCCAUGGUGACCGUGCUGGGGGUGGGUGACGACGGUGAUGGCCGCCCCAGGGUGUGGAGUGCCAGCUGCGAUGCCCAGGGCACCGACCUGAACAUGCAGUUUCGCCAUGGGUACAGCUGGCUCUACAACCUGCUGGCACCGCUGGUGCAGAGAACCCUGCGGCAGGAGCUGAACAAGAAGCUCUGCUCUGAGCUCCACAGAGGUGUCCACAGGCUGGAGGCUGCCCUGAAGCACAUGAGUGUGUCCACCCAGCUGGACCCUUUUGCUGUCCUUGACUACUCCCUGCUGGGACCACCGACCAUCAGGGCAGAGCACGGGGACGUCGCCCUCAAGGGGGAGUUCUUCACGGUGGGCAAGUUCCAGUGGAGAUCAUCCUUGUCCCUGCCCGUGUCCCUGCCCCUGCCUGUGUCCCUGCCCAUGGCCUUGCCCACAGCUGGGGCCAUGGCACAGGAGCCCAUGCUGCUGCUGGCUGUUACUGAGCAUGUGGCCAACUCUGCCACCUUCACCUACUUCAUGGCUGGGGCCCUGCGCAGGAGGAUCUCCAGCCACAUGCUCCCACGGCAGUUCCCAAUCCAGCUGAAGACCAAGAGCAUGAGGCUGUUCUCCCCAGAGCUGCAGGAGCGCUACCCAGACCAGCCCAUGGAGCUGGAGCUCUGGGCACGCCAGCAGCCCCUGGUCACCUGCCACCCCCAUGCCCUGCAUGGGACUCUCCUUGGCUCUGCUGAGGCCUUCGUGGUGCUGCCCAAUGCCACUCGUGUCCCUGCCUUCCUGCUGAACAUCGAUGCCAAUGUGACUGGGAAGCCAAGGAUCACCAGAAACAGGCUGGGGGGCACCGUGAAGCUGACUGGGCUCAGUGUGACACAGGUGACAUCACACGUGGGCCCGGUGGAGGUGAAGAGGCUGGAGAACCUCCUGAAGUUUGGGCUGUGGCUUUUUGGGGUCCCCUGGGCAAACAAGCGGCUCCAGGCUGGCAUCCCCCUGCCCAUCCCACACGGCCUCGGCCUGCUGGACCCCCAGCUCUCACUGCAGGAGGGCUUCGUGUUCAUCUCCACGGACCUGCAGGACAAGCCAUGA